UUCCUGUCGGAGGUAUUUGCGGUGGGCAGAAUGGAGAGGUUCAUAUGUCCGGUCAAAAGCAGAACUGACGAUUUGGUUAUAAUCUGAGGAAUGGGUAAAAAGUACUUGAAAUUUUUCGGACAAAGGGCAUUAAUAUUGAUAAUUUUGAUAUCUGAAGACCCUUAAUCUUAUUCGGGGAGUAUUAUGAGUAAGUUGUCAUGGUUUUUUAAUUAAAAAAGUUGGCCAUUGGUUUAAGGAAAAAUUAGGGGAAAAUGACCAAAGAAAAAUUAUAUGCAAAAGGUGCGGGGUAAUUAUUAACUAAGUAAAUUUGAGGAGGGAGGCUAUACUAAUAUAUAAAAAGGCUGAGGCUGGGUCCGUCACGGCUUCACCGUCCAUCCCACCCUUCUCGGAAAUAAAGGAAAACUGGACUUUGGACAGAGAAAAAGAUAGGUUGGAAGGAAGGAAGCAUGGCAGGAAGAUCUCCGGUUAAAGAAGCAGACUCCUCUGACACCAUCCCCACCCCCGCCCAAUCGAAACCUCCCCAAAUUUCCGCCAAAUCCACCACCCCUGCGGUCAAGUCUGAAAUUCCCUCCACUCCUACUCCCUGUAGCCGUCCACCGCCAUCCUCCUCCGAUGCCGACGUCAUUCACGUCCCCAGCUACUCCCGGUGGUUUUCACGGGAGAAGAUAGACGCGUGCGAGGUCCGUUUCCUUCCAGAGUUCUUCGAUGGUCGCUCGCCUUCCAAAAGCCCUAGUGUUUACAUGUAUUACAGGAACUCCAUUAUAAAGCAAUUCAGGGAAAAUCCUUCCCGGAAGAUUAGCUACACUGACGCCAGGAGGGCUCUUGUGGGCGACGUUGGUUCCAUUCGAAGGGUUUUCGAUUUCCUUGAGCUGUGGGGUCUCGUCAAUCACUCCGCCGCCUCCGCUCCCUCCAAGCCCGCUAAAGAUACUGCUAAUAAUAAUAAGUCCGCAGACGCCCCUUCUCUUGAAGCUCCUUCUUCUGCUGCCCCCACCUCCUCCUCCUCUAAACACUCCUCCGCUGCUUCUAGACGAUUCUGUGGCGCUUGCAAGUCUCUUUGUACCAUUGCUUGUUUCGUUUGCGACAAGUAUGACUCCACUCUUUGUGCAAGGUGCUAUGUUCGAGGCAACUUUAGGGUUGGUCUCAGCAAUGCUGAUUUCAGGCGGGUAGAGAUCACUGAUGAACCUAAGGCAGAUUGGUCGGAAAAAGAUACCUUGCUGCUUCUGGAAGCCAUUAUGCAUUAUGGUGAUGACUGGAAGAAGGUUGCACAACAUGUUGGUGGUAGAACUGACAAGGAUUGCGUUGCUCAUUUCGUUAAACUUCCUUUUGGGGAGGAAUUUCUUGGUCAUCCAUCCUCUGACGAGGCUGAAUCUGGAUUUGAAACCAAUAAGAGGAUGCGCCUCACACCUCUUGCUGAUGCUAGCAACCCAAUUAUGGCUCAGGCUGCGUUUCUGUCAGCUUUGGCUGGUGUGGAGAGUGCAGAAGCUGCUGCCCGAGCAGCUGUUACCACUCUAUCUGAGGUGGAUGACAACACAGCUAGCAAAGGGCGUCGUGGAUCUUUUGCAAGAAACACAAGACGAGAAGCAGACGUUUCAUCUAAUGGUGACACCAACCUAAAUGCAUUGGAAAGAGCAUAUGCAGAUGUGUAUGCACUGCUUGAGAAGGAAGAACGUGACAUUGAAAGAGCUAUAACUGGGAUUACAGAAGUGCAGAUGAAAGAGAUCCAAGAUAAGAUUCUUCACUUUGAGGAGUUGGAUUUGCAGAUGGAGAAAGAGUUAGCACAAUUGGAGGGGAUGAAGAAUCUACUUUUUGUUGACCAGCUAAAUCUCUUAUUUCGUAGAAGUUAUGCACUGAAAACUGAAGAACGAGCGGUGGAGAAUGUAAAACCAAAUGUUUCAUAAUCAGUGUAUCUCCAAAAUUUAGCCAAUAGAGAAAUUGUUUUGAAUUUCAAUGAAAUUACUUGCCAAUGUUUCUGAAA